CCGCCAGGGGGCGCGCCGAGGCGACGCUUUCAUGGAGGGGGUGAAGGCGGAAGCGCGGGAGGGGGCCGCGGUGGCCCAGGACCUACUGGCUCUGGGGUAUGGGGGUGUCCCGGGGACGGCGUCGCGGGGCGCCUCAUGUCCAGACUUCAGGGCGCUGUGCGUGCGGCUGGCGGCGGAGCUGGCGACGCUGGGCGCCCUCGAGCAGCAGCGAGAGGCGGGCGCGGAGGUGCUGAGCGCCGGCGACGGUAAGCACGGAGCGGGAGGGUGGCAGGGGGCCGCCACGGGGCCACCGAGCCCUGACACCCCUGUCCCCGCAGGCCCCUACGCGGAGGAGGACUUUCUGCAGCAGCUUGGCCGCCUGCUGCGGGAGCUGCACUGCCCGGAUCGCGCGCUCUGCGGCGGGGAUGGCGCGGCUGCGCUUCGGGAACCCGGUGCCGGACUGCGCCUGCUGCGUUUUCUCUGCUCAGAGCUCCAAGCCACCCGCCUCCUGCACCUGCGCUCUCUGCUGGAUCCCAGUCCUAGGCCACCCCUUGGUGAAGGGAUGGUGGAGAGAGCUGGCAUGGUCCAAGAACUGAGCCUUACCCUCCAAGCCCUGGGACUGCCCAGACCUGCACCAGGGACCCCCGCCAGCCAGCUGCUGCAGGAGUUGCAUGCUAAGAUCUCAGAGCUGCAGCCUUCUCUGCCCCCAGGGUCCCUGCAGCCCCUCCUCAGCUACUCGCUAGAUGCACCCAGAUGGGAAGCGUUGGAGUCUCUGUCCCAAAGCCUCAGAGAUCAGUACCGCUGCCGCCGCUACCUCCUCCUCAAGCGCCUUGACCUCACUACAUCUGCUUUCCACUGGAGUGACCGGGCAGAGGCCCAAGGAGAGGCCAUGAGGGCAGUGCUGAUCCCAAUUCGAGAGGUUCUAACCCCGGAAUCGGACAUCUCCAUCGCACACAUCCUGGCUGCCCGAGCCGACCUGUCUCGUCUCAUCCCAGCCACCAGCGUGGCUGUCCGCAGAGGGACCUGCUGUGCCAUCAACAAGGUGCUUAUGGGCAACGUUCCAGACCGGGGGGGCCGCCCAAAUGAGCUGGAGCCUCCCAUGCCCACCUGGAGGAGCCGAAGAGAGGAUGGAGGCCCCCAGUGUUGGGGCCGCAAGAAGAAGAAGAAGAAGAAGUAAAGGGGGACUGGUGGUCGGGGGCGGGGGGACCUCCAUGAGAUGCUAAUUGCCAUCGGUAAUCUCUGGGGAGUCCAUUUAAGGCUUUCCUUGGUACUUGGCACCCAAGCCCCCCCAUCUCCUAUUCCUGAGGCCCCAAAUGCCCUACUCCCAUUCACCAGUCAAUACCAAGAACCAUGUUCUCCGGAGAAUAAAUUUAAUUUAUGACAGC